GAGAAAAAUGCUGAUCCUGAACAAAUGCUCUUGUCUUAUCUGCGAAAGAGGCUCUGUCUCACAGGAACUAAGUAUGGCUGUGGAGGAGGUGGCUGUGGUGCCUGCACCGUGAUGAUAUCAACUUACGAGCCAGCUUCAAAGAAGAUACGGUAUUCUCAACAGAGUGUUUUGAAAACUGCAGAAAAUUUUAUGAUCGUAGAUACUAUGUCCAGAUAUGAAACUUUAAAAACAGAGUUGUAGAGCUCGUACUUAAUAGUAAAAGAAUCUAGAGGAAGGGUCAAUUUAAUCCAUAAAGAGAAUGCUGUAAAAAUUGCUGUUGAUUCAGCUAUAUGGUAAAUUUGCUGAACUAUCAUACUCAAAUGCUUGAUUUGCUUAUAAAUACUGACAGUCCCUGCAAGAGGUUGUACGAGGCAUUAAUUUAAGACCCUUUGGCUUGACCAUUGGAAAGUGGCUCCUACCUGAAGCUCUGUAUGGUGUUUUAAGUCCAGCUGGUAACUGAGGACCAUGAGUGAGCUGCUCACUCACUGCCCACAAUGGGAUGGGGGAGAGAAUCAGAAGGGUAAAAGAGAAACAGUUUUAUAGGUAAAGCAAAAGCUGCUUAAAAAAAAAAAAAAAAAAAAAAAAAAAAAAAAAAAAAAAAGGCAAAAGUGCAAACAAAGCAAAGUGAGCAAAGUGGGCAAUUUACUCACUACUUCCCAUCAUCAGGCAGAUGUCUAGCCACUGCCAGGACACCAUCUAUAAAGGUUACUUGGAAAGACAAAACACAAUCACUCCAGACCUUCCACCCUUUCUUCUUCCCACAGCUCUGUAUGCUGCACACAUAUGGCAAUAUGAAGUGGAAUAUGACUUCGGUCAUUUUGGGUCAGCUAUCUCAGCUGUGUCCCCUCCCAAUUUCUCAUGUCCCUCAGCCUACUCAUUGUUGGUGGCCUUGACUCUGUGUAAGCUCUUCUCUGCAGUAAUUAAACAUCCCUGUGUUAUCAGCACUGUUUCCAGCACAAAUCCAAAACACAGCCUCACACAGGCUACUGUGAAGAAAGUUAACUCUGUCCCGUCCAAAACCAGGAUACUGUCAUAUGAUUGGUGAAAAGACACUAUUCAGCCAAUGCAUGUUUGCUUCCCAUUUGCUCCUUGUAUGGUGCAGCAGUGACUACAGUGGAAGGUGUUGGAAGUACAAAAACCCGGAUUCAUCCGGUUCAGGAAAGACUUGCCAAGUGCCAUGGCUCCCAGUGCGGUUUCUGCACGCCUGGAAUGGUGAUGUCCAUAUACACUUUGCUAAGAAACCACCCACAACCAACUUCAGAGCAGAUGACUGCAGCUUUAGCUGGGAACUUGUGCCGCUGUACUGGAUACAGGCCAAUCCUAGAUGCCUGUAAAACCUUCUGUAAGGAAUCCAUUUGUUGUCAAAGGAAAACAAAUGGAAAAUGUUGCUUGGAUCAGGAAGAUGAUUUGUUUGACAAUGAAGAGAAGGUCUCCUCCAGCCUGUUUUCAACAGAUGAAUUCCAGGCCUUAGAUCCCACCCAGGAGCUUAUAUUCCCUCCAGAACUAAUGAGAAUGGCAGAAAAUCAACCAAAAAGAACUCUGGUUUUUCGUGGGGAGCGAGUAACGUGGAUUUCUCCUGUAAGCUUGGGAGAACUGCUGGAUCUGAAAGCCACCCACCCUAAAGCACCUCUUGUGGUUGGGAACACCAGUGUGGGGCCUGACAUGAAAUUCAGAGGUGUGUUCCAUCCAGUUCUUAUUGCUCCUGCAAGGAUCCCAGAUCUGAAUGUACUGAAACAUACAAAUGAUGGAUUAACCCUGGGAGCUGCCUGCAGCCUGUCUCUAGUGAAAGACAUCUUGACAAAUGCAAUUGCCGAGUUCCCUGAAGAGAAGACGAGGGUUUUCUGUGCUGUCUUGCAGCAACUGAGAACUCUGGGUGGAGAGCAGAUAAGAAAUGUUGCUUCAUUUGGUGGAAACAUCAUAAGUAGAAAAUCAACUUCUGACCUGAAUCCUGUUCUGGCAGCCAGCAACUGCAUGCUCAAUCUGGCUUCAAGAGGGCAAAAGCGACAGAUUCCUCUGAGUGAUAUUUUUGCAGAUGGAGUUGGUAACAAUACCAUUACACCAGAAGAGAUCUUAGUCUCUAUCCAUAUUCCCUAUUCUAGGAAGGGGGAGUUUGUCUCUGCAUUUCGACAAGCACCGAGACGGGAAAAUGCUCUUCCAAUAACUAAUGCUGGGAUGAGAGUCUUUUUUGAAGAAGGUACAGACGUUAUAAAGGAUCUAAGCAUUUUCUAUGGAGGUGCUGUCUCGACAACAGUCUGUGCAAAACAAACCUGUUGGACACUUAUUGGAAGACACUGGAAUGAACAAAUGUUGGAUGAGGCAUGCAGACUAGUUCUUAAAGAAAUUGCUCUUCCAGGCUCAGCUGGUGGUGAAAACAAAGACUAUAAGAAAACUUUGAUGGUCAGUUUCUUCUACAGAUUUUUCCUGGAAGUAUCGCAGUCAUUGAAGACAAUGGAUCCUUGCCAGUAUCCUGGCAUACCUAUAGAAUAUGGGAGUGUCCUACAAGAUUUCAAAACCAGAAUGCCCCAGAGUAUCCAAAUAUACCAGGAUGUGGAGCCCAGCCAGUCUCCCAAGGACCCCGUAGGACGGCCCAUUAUGCACCAGUCUGGGAUAAAACACACCACUGGAGAGGCAGUCUACAUUGAUGACCUUCCUUCUGUGGAUGGGGAGCUUUUCCUGGCUGCUGUCACUAGUACCAGAGCUCAUGCUAAGAUUGUAUCCAUAGAUACCUCAGAGGCCCUAAAAGGACCGGGUGUGUUUGAUGUCAUAACAGCUCAUGAUGUGCCGGCUGCAAAUGAGUUUUAUUUUUCUGAUGAUCCGGAGAUUAUAUUUGCAAGAAAUGAGGUGAUUUGUGUGGGUCAGAUUGUCUGUGCUGUGGUUGCAGAUUCAGAUGUUCAUGCCAAACAAGCAGCUGCAAAAGUGAAGAUAGAGUAUGAAAUGCUGGAACCAGUAAUUUUAACAAUUGAGGAAGCUAUAAAACACAACUCGUUUUUUGAGCCAAAAAGAAAAUUAGAACAAGGAAAUGUUGAUGAGGCAUUUGAAACUGUUGAUAAUAUAAUUGAAGGAGAGAUUUGCAUUGGGGGACAGAAACACUUUUACAUGGAGACUCAGAGUAUGCUUGCUGUUCCAAAAGGAGAGGAUAAAGAAAUGGAUUUGUAUGUGUCAACACAGCACCCAGCAAUGAUUCAGGAGAUGGUAGCUGCAAGUUUAGGUGUUCCAGCCAACAGGAUCAUGUGCCAUGUUAAACGAGUUGGUGGAGCUUUUGGUGGGAAGAUCUUGAGAACUGGCUUGCUGGCAUCAGCUGCUGCAGUGGCAGCAAACAAAACCAGCAGAGCAGUCCGUCUUAUUCUGAGCCGAGAGGAUGAUAUGGUAAUCACUGGUGGCCGACAUCCUUUUAUUGCUAAAUAUAAAGUUGGCUUCAUGAAUGAUGGUAGGAUCGCAGCUGUGGAUGCCAUAUAUUAUGUUAAUGGAGGAUGUACCCCUGAUGAUUCUGUCCUGGUAGCAGAAGUAUCCUUAUUAAAAAUGGACAAUGCAUACAAGAUUCCCAACUUGAGAUGCUGGGCUUAUGCCUGCAAAACAAACUUGCCAUCAAAUACAGCAUUCCGAGGCUUUGGCUUUCCUCAGUCAGGACUCGUGACAGAAACUUGGAUAACCGACGUUGCAGAUAAAACUGGUUUAUCACCAGAAAAGAUUAGAGAAAUAAAUAUGUAUAAGAAAAAUGAACAGACACACUUCAAACAAGAACUUGAUCCACAGAAUUUAAUACGGUGUUGGAAUGAAUGUAUGCAGAAAUCUGCAUACUACAGUAGGAGAACAGCUAUCAAUGAAUUUAACAAACAAAAUUACUGGAAGAAAAGAGGGAUUGCCAUCGUACCAUUGAAAUUUCCUUUUGGACAAGGCUCACCCUACCUUUCUCAGGCAGCUGCACUGGUUCAUAUUUAUACUGAUGGGUCUGUGCUUCUGACACAUGGUGGAAUUGAAAUGGGGCAGGGUAUUCAUACAAAAAUGAUCCAGGUUGCUAGUCGGGAAUUGAACAUCCCCAUGUCCUGUAUUCACUUCUGUGAAACGAGCACAACAACUGUUCCCAAUGCAUGUGCCUCGGUAGGAUCUGCAGGGACAGAUGUCAAUGGCAUGGCUGUGAAGGAUGCUUGCCAAACUCUUCUGAAACGCCUGCAGCCCAUCAUCAAGAAGAACGCAACAGGGACCUGGAAUGAUUGGAUUAAAGAAGCUUUUAAAGAGAGUGUGAACCUUUCAGCUACUGGCUAUUUUAGAGGUUACAAUGAAUACAUGGACUGGGAGAAAGGGGAAGGACAACCAUUCACAUAUUUUAUUUUUGGAGCUGCUUGUUCAGAGGUUGAAAUUAAUUGUCUAACAGGAGAUCACAAGAACCUCAGAACAGACAUUGUUAUGGAUGUUGGAUGCAGCAUAAAUCCAGCUGUGGAUAUAGGACAGAUUGAAGGUGCUUUUGUUCAAGGCAUUGGACUGUACACAAUGGAGGAGUUGAAGUAUUCUUCAGAAGGGGUCCUCUGUACUCAGGGUCCAGAUCAGUAUAAGAUCCCUGCUGUUUGUGAUAUUCCAGAACAGUUUAGUGUUUCCCUGCUGUCAUCUUCUCAAAAUCCUCAUGCCAUCUAUGCGUCCAAGGGGAUAGGUGAGGCAGGAUUUUUCUUGGGAUGCUCUGUGUUCUUCGCUUUGAGAGAUGCAGUAACUGGUGUGAGAAAUGAAAGAGGACUGGAAAAAACCCUUGCACUGAACAGCCCCCUGACUGCUGAGCAAAUACGGGCAAGCUGUGCUGAUGCCUUUACUGAGAUGAUGGAAACAAAGAAGCUGGUUUCUCCUUGAGCCACAUCUGUGUGAAUGACAAACCAUAGUGCACAAGACUGGAAUGGAAAACCGAUUUACUGCCCCAAGACACACUAAUCAACUCACAGAUAAAUGUAUUUUCUCUUUUUCUGAAUAGAAUCAGCUACCAAAAAUAUGCACUUUAUAUCUUACAUCCUCAUCUUCACUCUUCCUCCAGUUUACUCAUAACAGUAUUUUGCUUACAUGACUGCAUUUCAUUGUUAGAAAUAAACCUUCUGCAUUUGAACUA